CAAUGAUAACAACCGUUUAUAAAUAAGUAAUUCGGCCAUGGCCUUGGUUAUACAGUGAUUGACGAGACGUCUUGUGAUACAGUCGCAGUCAAUUGUAUUUCAAUUUAAAAUAAUAAAUAAUCAAACAUGGGUGUGAAACUAUACACAUUAGACGCGAGCCCCCCGGCGCGCGCCGCCAUGAUGGCUCUUGAAAUAUUCAAUGUUCCCUUCGAGAAGAUAGACGUUAAUCUUGGUGAAGGGGAACAUUUAACACCUGAAUUUCUAAAAAAAAAUCCUAUGCAUACAGUACCUGUACUAGAGGAUGGGGACCUAAUUCUACAUGACAGUCACACGAUUCUGACGUACUUGGCCGACACCUAUGGAAAAGAUGACUCAUGGUACCCAAAGGACAUCAAGAAGAGAGCACUAGUUGACCAAAAACUAUUCUUCGAUUCCGCCAUUCUAUACGCUAGGGGCCGAAACAUUACUUAUUCAGUGAUUAUGGAGGGGAAGAAAACAAAAGAACAGAAACAUUUGGACCUUAUUGAAGAAGCUUACGGUUUUAUGGAAGCGUUUCUCUCUCGCACUGCCUACAUCGCUGCAGACCACGUGACGAUCGCUGAUGUAUCAGCCCUAAGCAGCAUGUCAUCCUUGGUGAAUUUACAGAAGUUUGACGAGAACAAGUACCCAAAAACUGCUGCUUGGUACAAGAAAAUGAAGAGUACACCAUACUGCAAAAAAUACAACGACCUUGGAGAAAAACUUGUGAUUGAAUGGUUAGCAAAACUCUUAAAUUCGUAAUAAUAUCUCGAGAGAGUUUUGGAUAUACAUAAUGAACAAUGACAAAAUAUUUAUUAUUUAUGUUAUAAAUAUUGUAAGAAGAAAACUUUUGCUUAAAACUGGAGUUGAAAGAAUAUGUUGUUUUGAAAGAAAUUAUUGAGCAUUUUA